AUGUACCAACUGAACGUCCUUCAGCGACAGUACAUUUCGUUUACAAUGUAUCACGAUAGACCUCCAUUACUUCUGUCAUUCCCCUUUUGGUUGGUGAUUGCUUUGCCCAAGUACACUUUGGAUACCCUGGAAAGAGUGCAGCGGACAUGGUUCAACCACUUCCUGGCUUCCGUGGUGGGGAUUCAGUAUCUCAUGGGUUUACUUGCCUCGGCUUUGUGGGUCAGACGAAUCCGAGAGUUGCGAUACAUGAUUGAUAACGGCACCUACUAUGACCACUUCCCGGACCCAGGUGAACAUGCUGACUAUGAAGGUGAAGACGAUUUCGAGCUCGAUGUUCUGGACGAGACGGUACCCGCCAUGAAUGGGGCUGUUCUCGUUCUCGCCUUCCAUGUCAUGCUGGGCAUAGUCAUGGUGGUCAUCCUGAUAUCACAAUUCAUUGCCAACCUCGGAACCAUCAAAGUGACAUAA